CACCGAUACGGGGACCUGACAGCUUUACAGUACCGACAUGGCUUUGUAAGUAGUGUACGGUAACUUCAACAAAACAACAAAGUAGUGAAGACGACGACGCCUUUGCGACCACCCAACAACCUCUCAAGAUAACACCCCGAGUGUCAUGCCAUAGAUCUCGCCCCACGACGGAGCUGUCCAGUAUGGAACAGCCCUUCUCGUCCUCCAAGGUCACAGUCGAGUACUUCGAUCCCCACGAUGUCUACAAGCUCCUUUCGCCGGGCCUAAUUCCCCGACUGCCCCUCCGCGACCUCAACUGGCAGUCUCACGCAGGUCCCGUGCGAUCCAUCAACACACUCCACGUCGAGCUUGUUCCCGCCGACCAAGCUGGCACUGUCGAUCGGUCUUCGGUUCUCUCGCCCACCCCCGAUAGCAAAGCCCCAGGCCGUGGCCGCGGAGAAAGCACCGCUAGCAGCCGCGACGAUGGCUUCUCUACAGCACCCAUUGGCGGUGGUCGUGGUACCCCUACUGAUAACGCCGGCCCUCCAGGCGCGAUUCGUCACUCUGGACCUGGAAUCACCAAAGAACGACGACACCAGAUCCCCGGUCUACGGCGCACUCCCUACCUCAAGAUCCUGUUCGUGAGGUGCGACGACAACGAUGCAUACAAGUCGACUACAAGAUCCGAGAUCCGUGAAUGGAUCAAGGCCAACACUAACUCGUUGACUCCGGGGAAAACGGCGAGCAAUGCUGAGAACCACGACGCUUUUGAAUGGUUGAUCGUUCACGUUGUCAUACCCAACACUGUCGCCGCCACCCAGCCGCGAUCAAGCGGGAGCAAAGCGGCCGACUCGAGUUCCGAAAAGACUUCAGCUCUCAAGUGGCGGACUGGGUCCAGCACUCUGUUGGAGAAGCUACGCAACGACUUCAACGGCACAGGCAAGGGUGCCGUUGACCGCGUGAGGCAGAUCCGCAUUGGCAUCAAUGACGUCCCCUAUGAUCUCCUUCCGCGCGUUGUUCCCGCCGUGCCAACUGGCUACCAGGAGACAGAGCAGGACAGCGAAAAUGCCUGGCAGGACUUGAUUGGAAAGAUCAAGGAGCUGAUUCUAUCGAGUUUCGACAUCCGUGUUACCCAGUAUGAGGAGGACAUAAAAGACAAAGAUGCCCAAAGGGGUCUGCCUGGCUGGAACUUCUGCACCUUCUUCAUCUUGAAGGAAGGAUUGGCUCGAGGCUUUGAGAGUGUCGGGCUUGUAGAGGACGCCUUGGUUGGAUAUGACGAGCUGAGUAUUGGCCUAGACGCUAUCAUCAAGGAGCAAGCUAUUUCUGGCUCGGCUGAAGCUCACGGUGGAGCUCUGCUCGACUAUACUGAAGAACUCAAGAUUCUUGCUGAGCAAGCUGCAAGCCAGAUCUUUUCAGGAAGUAUGGAGUUCGAAGAUGAGGAGACAGUUGAUCUUCAGACGAGCAAGCGGGUGAAAGAUACGGAUCCCUUUGGCGCUAUUCCCAUCAGCUCAACCAAGAAACCAUAUCGCGAACUGAUUCUUGCCAACAAUAUUUCGCUCUUCGACUUCCGAUGCUACAUUUUCUCCCGGCAAGUUGCCCUCCUUUUGCGUCUGGGCAACGCCUGGUCAACGAGAGAGGAACUCCUUGCUAAACUCAAGGAACAACAAGACAUGGCUCCCCGCGGCGUUGCACCCAGGGCACCACCACCAAAACAGGCAUCAGAUGAAUCCGAAAACCUCUCACAGCUUGCCGAGAUUUGCAGGAGGACAUUGGAGUUUGUUCCUGCAGUCUCCAUGCUCAUCCGCAAGGACAUCCUAGCCGCCUUGGGACUGGUGAAGGGAGGCGUCGGGGCUGGUGAUGAUUUUCAGAAAAUUGACCCAGUACUGGCCGAGGUCAUUGACAAUAUCGUUGCCUCAUUCGCCUUUUCCGUUGCGCAGCAAAUCCUUGCCCAAACUUCCACCAAGUCUUUGCAAAUCCCUGCCCCCAUGCUGGCCACCUCUGGUGACAGCGAACACAAAUCCGCGAUCCCAGAACCAAAAACCAUGAUGCAUCCCGCGCGGUCGUCGUCCAUCCCCUUACGCCAGUCUAUACAACGUCCUCCGCCCAGUCCUGUUGGCUUUCCAGGGCCUGGUCGUAAAGACAGCGUUGGCGAGUAUGGCAUGGCCCAGUUCCUUAAGACGGGGCUCGAAGAGUUGGCUGCGACAAGAGCUGAGCUGUACACGCUGUCUCGAAACGUUCUCGAAGAAUGUGGUAAAAGACGAGGCUGGACUAACGGUUGGGCCGCGGUACCCAUCGUAGGAGAAAGCGCCGACUUGCAAGAGAUCAGCCUUGACGACGAGCCCUCGUCAGAAGCCAAACCCUCAACUGAGGUCGGCUCGGACCUUCAAGCCUCGGUAGCUGGUGUAGGCAACGAGUUGCUACGUACUGCACUGGACAACAAGGAUGACUUCUAUCGACUGUACGAGACGUUAACCGACAAGGCGAUGCGUCACUACUCUGUCGCCAAGUAUGACCAUUCAGUGCAGGCCACCAAGGCCGACCUCGCGGUCCUCAAAUUCCAUCUUUCCGAGUACAAGGAGGCCGAGUAUUACUUCUACAAUACAAUCCCGUUCUUUGGGGGAUGUUCGUGGAGUCUGCUCGAGCUGUCCAUGCUCGUCAUGUAUGCCAGGUGUUUGAAGGAGCUGGGUAGACAAGAAGACUACGUCACCAAGGCCCUUCGUCAGCUCUUGACAAAGGCUGCAGCAGCUGAGCGAGAUAGGCUACAGCAAAAGUCAAAGAUCCGUAUUGGAAAUGGGACAGUAGCACAGUACCCAGAAAAUUCGGCGAUAUCUGGCUUCCUUGCCGAUAUGCUGACCGUUUCGGCAACACUAGAGAAAGAGGUCAAGAUACCAUUAACCAACUUCUUUGGUGAAGUUGAGCUUGACGGACCGCCAACCUAUGACGAUGAUCAAGAUAGUUUCUCGCUCUCGCUGAAGCUUAGGAGUCUUCUCGUUGACGAGUUUGACGCAGAGUCUGUCAGCCUUCGCAUAUCCAGUCCCGGGUUUGGCGGCAACAAGGAGAUUUGGGUGCAGGCCAAAGGCCCCGUGACAAUCAAACCUGGUCGAAACAAGGUUCCACUACAAAGCAACAUGUUGAUGCCAGGGAACUAUGAGGUUGACCAGAUCCGCAUCAAGAGCAGCAAUAUCUUGCUGCACUUUGAACGUGAGCUUGGACAGGUGGUGGAGAAACCAUUCCCCGUCCUGCAGAACCCUGUGGUAACGCUUUACCAGCGCACGAGCUCGCUUGACGUCCGCCUCUCCAGCAGCAAGGAUAUCCGCCUAGACACAAACAAUAUGUUGGAGGUCGAAGUCAUGACUGGCUGGAACGACAUUAAGAGUGCUGAGGUGAAGAUCAAGUCGGCAACGGGAGGCUUGCGGCUCCUAAUGGGGGAUGCUGUAAUCCUUGAUGAGUCGGCAGCCAAGUCAAAGAAAGCCGAGGGUGGAACCUUUACGUUUGGCGCUAUCACAAGAGACAGCUCCGUCAAGAUCAGUUUCCCUUUUAAGAUGGAGCAGGAUGUACUCCACGUUGCUGUUAAGGUUGAAGUAACAUACACAACCGAUAAGGGAACCUUUACGUUCUUCAAGACCUCUUCAGUCUCCAUUGCCCUUGCAUUAGGCGUCAACGUCCAGGACGUGUUUAAGCACAAGGCGCUUUUCUCCCGGUUCACCGUCUCCACUGCUAGUCCCAGUCCCUUGAGACUGUACAAGAGCGAGCUUAUUCCCUCGGAACUCUUCGAGUCACAUUACGGAAUACCACCAAGCGACCCAGUCGCCAUCUUUCCCAAGCAACCGGCCAGUCUGCUGUACAAGAUCACCAAGAAACCUGGGGUGACUGUUGGCCCUAACACAAAGAAGACUCUUUACCUGAAGCUCUGGUACAGCGUCUUACAAGACGAGAUCGAGGAUCUACUCGACAAGACCCUCACCAAAGACCUCGCAGACACACCCCUUCGGCAGUACUCCAAGCUGAUCGUCUACAAAGUCCUCGCCUGGAGCCAAAAGCGGCUAACGGCGUAUGAACUCGAGAAGUGCACUCUGCUCGGCGAGCUCUCCACCUCUUUUCUAUCCGACGUCAACUGGGCAACCCAAUUCCCCGGCAUCGGGCCCACCUCCAGUUCCUCUCUGAAAGGCGAAGACAGCCAUCAAAUCGCUGCCCAACUAGCCGCCUUCCUCCGGUCCUGGCUCCUCGCCAAUCCCGUCCUCCCCUUAUCCGUUCCCAAUCACGACAGCUCCCUAAUCAGCACCAUCCUGAUCCCCGUCGACAUCCCUCCCAUCACCAUCGUCCACACCACCGACAUUAUCUUCCAACAACCUCCCUUACCCAUCAACUCCACCUCUGCCUCUGCCUCUGCCUCUCUGGACAACAUCCAAGGCCACCCAACCUUCAUCAUCAACCAACAACUCCCCGCCACCCUCCGGCUCAAAUGGACGCGCAUCUGGGACACCGUCUACCCUGCGUCCCCUCAACGCUCCGAAGACCUCGAAUUCAGCUACGAGAUUAACGCUCCGCCUGAUACUUGGUUAGUGGGCGGUAGGAGAAAAGGGCACUUUGUUAUUCCCGCUGCUACUACUACUACUACCAGCAACCCCACAGAUCAAGAAGACGGGGAAAAGAAAAGUAGUAGUACUAGAGAAAGUUCAACCCCACAAACAGAAGCCGACAUUCCCCUCCUCUUGAUCCCGCUCAGAGAGGGGUACCUCCCUUAUCCCAGCGUGGAUAUUAAGCAGGUCAAAGCUACUGCUGUUUCUGCCACUGCUUCUCAUUCUUCUUCUUCUUCUUCUUCGACGACUUCUCCGACCAGAAACAACGAAGGGCAGCAGGCUGGUGCUGGUGCAGUACAACAACAACAACAGCAACAGCAACAACAACAACCACAACCACAACAGCCACAGGGACACUACGAAACAGAUAAUAGGAACCUUGGAGAGGUGGUGCAAGUCAUUAGUGACCGGGCGAGGGUGACGCUGAGCUUGGACGCGAGCGGACCGGCGGGGGGACCGUUGGUAUUGGAGUGUGAGAGGGUGGGCUUGGAGGGGGAAGGGGGUAGGGUUGUUGCUUAGCUUAGUUUGGGCUGAACUGCUUAGUGGACUCAGUCAGUCAGUCGGAACGGGUGACUGACUUAUGGAAGCGAUGUGAAGUGGGUUGUUUAGGGUAGCCAGUUUCUUUUUCUUGUGUUUCUGUAAUGAUAUGAUAUGAUCUGAUAUGGCGGUAGCAACCUAGACUUUCAGUAUAAACGGGGUUUACAAUUAUGUUGCUUUACCUGUAUGAGGAACAAACGAAAAAAAGCAUGCAUGA